CAUCAACAUCUACACUUAUAGAGGACAUUUGAUAUCUUGUGAGCUACCAGCUCUCUGUGAGACUAGACAAACGCAAUCCCAAUGCUAUAAAAUGCACAACACAGGACUCAAUUCCAUAUACUGUCUCAGACAGCUAACAUUGGAGUCAAACGGAUAUAUCUGUCUCUACACCUCCACCCCUUCUCAAGCACAACCUGCAAACCAACAACUUCUUAUCAGCAUGUAUAACAUUCAUUUCCACCCCAAACGCCCCGAGAAACCUAUCUCUACACGAUCACCCUCACGAAUACCGCAUUUGUGCCACCCCAACCAUUACGCCACAAAACCGACCAACCAGCCGACCCGAAGUAGCGCUGCACCACCACCGCCCAUCAUCUAACUAUAAACAUUCACCUCACACAACAUGAUUACCGCGCGGCCACCUCGUACGACAUAACCCUCAUGUGGUUUGUUAGAUAGAGAUCGACGAUAUGUUUGACCGUUUGCGAAUACGAUGUCGUUUGGUGGC